AUGGACAAAAUAUUAUCAGGGAAAGGGUACUACCAGGAAGAACUACACUGGCAAAGCGUUAUAAUGUUAGGAAAACCGAGUAGGAUAUGUAGAAGAAUACUCUUCGAGAAUCGACCAAAAGAACAGAAAGACAACCCGCUUAAAAAUAGCCGAAAUUUAGCAGAAAAAAAAAGUUUAAAAAAAUUUAAAACAUCAAAUAAAAUCGAUUUUGCAAACUUGGAUAAUAACUACAAACCAUAUACAAUUCCAAAAGAUGAUGAAACCAGAAUCAUCUAUCAAUCUGGGGACUCCAAAAGUGUGUCCUACUACACAUAUCUUUCAAUGGAAAAGAAGGAAGAAAACAAAAAAAAAAGAAAAAAAAAACAGGGAUUUAUGAAAAGAUUAUGUCCUUGUUUAUUUGAAAAAAAAAAAAAAAAAAAACAUAAACCGCAAAAAGCAAUCUUUUACAUAGGAGAGGAUGCUCGACAAACUUUAAAGAAAAGCUUUUCACAGAAGUGA